GUGGAGGCUGCGCUGAGGCGAGAGGCGCUUGCUAGGCCGGGCUGAGCCGGGGUCUAUUGGGGGUGCGGCGCACGCCUAGCAGCUUCCGGCGGGGAGGCGCCGUCGCCAUUGCCGCCGCGCUCGGGGAGCGCCGCCCCGCUGGCCGGUGGGGGUCGGCGGCCGUUAGCGCCAUGGGCCAGUGCGGCAUCACCUCCUCGAAGACCGUGCUGGUCUUCCUGAACCUCAUCUUCUGGGGGGCAGCUGGCAUUUUGUGCUAUGUGGGUGCGUAUGUCUUCAUCACCUAUGACGACUAUGACCACUUCUUCGAGGAUGUGUACACGCUCAUCCCUGCUGUGGUGAUCAUUGCUGUUGGAGCCCUGCUUUUCAUCAUCGGGCUCAUUGGCUGCUGUGCCACAAUCCGAGAAAGCCGCUGUGGACUUGCCACGUUUGUCAUCAUCCUGCUCCUGGUGUUUGUCACAGAAGUUGUCGUAGUGGUUUUGGGAUACGUUUACAGAGCAAAGGUGGAAAAUGAGGUUGACCGCAGCAUUCAGAAAGUGUAUAAGACUUACAAUGGAACCAACCCCGACGCCGCCAGCCGGGCUAUUGACUAUGUGCAGAGGCAGCUGCACUGUUGUGGAAUUCAUAACUACUCAGACUGGGAAAACACAGAUUGGUUCAAAGAAACGAAAAACCAGAGUGUCCCUCUUAGCUGCUGCAGAGAGACUGUGAGCAAUUGUAACGGCAGCCUGGCCAACCCCUCCGACCUCUACGCCGAGGGAUGUGAGGCUCUGGUUGUAAAGAAGCUGCAGGAGAUCAUGAUGCAUGUCAUCUGGGCGGCGCUGGCCUUUGCAGCCAUCCAGCUACUGGGCAUGCUGUGCGCCUGCAUCGUGCUGUGCAGGAGGAGUAGAGACCCUGCCUACGAGCUCCUCAUCACCGGGGGCACCUACGCCUAGCAGAGGCCCAGCCUGAGUCCUCGGUCUCGCAUGGCUUGGAGGUGGACUGAGCAGGUCUGCUGCACUGGCUCUGAGUUCUCUGGUUGAAGCGCAUGAAUGCUGGUGUUGGGCAGAGCAGCUUGGCUUUUCAUACCCACUCACUUACCUUCCCUCCCAUGGCUUUCUUUCCUGGUUGUAGCCGACUCUCCAUGCCCCUGGGUUUUAAGUUUGGUGGUCAAUGUUCUCAUUUCAGAGCCAUUUGCAAGUUGCAUAGUACGGUAGGAUAAAGGCAGGUGGAGGCCUGCUUCAGUCACCUCCGAGUAAUGAUAGGACUCUCCUGUGGGAUCACUGGGUUCUUUCUGUCUUCACAAUGGAGAACUCUUGCCCAGAGGCUAAGGCGGGGAGGAGAGGAAGCCAGCUGUCUGGUAAAAUGAUCAGAUGGUGCCCCUCAUUGGUGUCCUUUACAAAUAUAUCCUGUAGUCCGAUAAGAUACCAGCUGUAUAAAACGGCUAAGAUAGAUUUUAGAUCACAUAGCGUGUAUCUUCCUUUAUCUUCAGAAUCAGACUGGUCUUUGAAAUUAGUGGUUUUUAAUCAAAGCUGGCUUUAUAGGAGGGGUAUAACAUAUGCGCUACUGUUUUAAAACAGUGAGUGAGUGUGUGUGUGACUGAGCCCGCCAUCAUAAGUCUUCAGCUUGUUAGAGGUAAUGUACCCAUGUAGACUAGCAGAAUAGUAUGUAGACGUGAUCUCAGUUGUAAAUAGAAAAUCCUAAUUCAAUAAACUCUGUAUCAGCCCUCAACAGUUUUAAUUAUUUGGGGGAUAUUUCAGUUCCAGAGCUGCAGUAUAAUGUUUCAAAUGUUAGUGCUGUCUGAUUUGCCUAUGUUUUUAUUACAUCUGUUGCCAAAUUCUAAAGGCCUUGGUAUUCAAAACACCCCUGAUGUUUUCCAGUCUAGCAUAAUUACAAAUAAUGGAACUGCUCUGUGCCAGGCCAGGGGACACCAUGAGAAGCUGUCCUUCCCUCAGGGAGUUUGGAACCCUGACCCAGGAGAUGUGCAGAAGCAGGUGAUUUUCAUACAGUGCAGUGGUAGGGGGAGAAAGGGAGCAGGGUGCCUGGAGCCUUCAAGGCAAUUUCCUGGAGGAGACCCUGGGCCUGGAGGCUGCACAAGCUUUGUGGGAGGAGGGUACCCAAGGGCAUGAAGUGGAAUAGACUCAUGUGCCUGGAGCCUAACUGCAAGGCUGAGGAAAGAAGCUGGAGAUGAAACAAAGCCCAGAUCCUCUAGGGUCAUCUGUGCAGACUGGACAUGCAGGCAAAGGCAGCCAUGCCACAAGCUGAUCUGCCCUAGCUGGUUGCCAGCCCAGAUUUGGAGCAUGGAUGGGAGGGAGCGUGACAAGGCCUCAGUGAGAUCCGUGCAGUUCAGGAGAGCUGAAGGGCAUGGAGCAGGUGCCAGGCUGCUGAUAUAGUCCAAGUGCUACUAGGGACAGUGUGACUGAGAAUCACUGCUACUACCUGUUGCCAUUUAAAAACUAGCGUUAUUUGGAAAUAAUUUCAAACCCAUAGAAAAGUUACAAGGAAAAAAACUGUAUAUAAGAAGCCCAAGUGUCCUUUACCCAGCCAUACCUAUUAAUGUUUGUCCCAUUCAACUUGUAAUCCUGUUUUCUCAUAUGUGCUUAUUUGUUGGCCACAUAAGGCCUAGCCCGUUGUCCGUGGUGCUUCGGUGGGUAUUUCCUAAGAAAAAGAUGUCUCCCAGAUUACAGUAUCAUUACCAAAGUCAGUGCAUCCAGCACCGACACAGCAGUCUACCACUCACAUCCCAGCUGAUCUCGAGGUAUCCUUCGGAGUUUCCCCUGCAGUCUCGGAUCUGUCUAAGACUAGGUCUCUUUGGUUAUCUUUAAUCUGGAGCGUUUCCAUAGUUUUGUCUCUUACAGCAUUGAUGUUCAGGAAGAAUACAGUCUGUUCUUUU